AGUGCGCGCAUGUAACCUUGUUCUGCUACACACCGGAGGUUUUAAAACAGAUGUAAACACAUCGUUGAACAGUUUUUUAUGGUUGUGUUUGGUUGUUAGCAUUAUUCCGGAGCAAUGAAAAAAUACAUUUUACCGGUUUCUGUUUUUGGAACAGUGGCUGGCUGUGCUGUUUUACUGAAAAACCAUGUGACUGGAGGCAGGUGUCCCAGUAAAGCYACAAUUACAGGAAAAACUGUAGUUAUAACAGGCGCCAACACAGGCAUUGGGAAAGCAACAGCUCAAGAACUGGCUAAAAGAGGGGGUCGGGUCAUUAUGGGAUGCCGUGAUAUGGAGAAGUGCGAAGCAGCGGCGAAGGACAUACGAGGGAAAACUCUGAAUCCUCAUGUUUACGCACACCACCUUGACUUAGCCUCCAUGAGGUCUGUCCGAGAGUUUGCAGAGAAAAUAAACCGAGAGGAGAACCGGGUGGAUGUAUUGAUAAACAAUGCGGGGGUCAUGAGGUGUCCGGCAGGGAAGACGGAGGACGGCUUUGACAUGCAGCUUGGAGUGAAUCAUUUAGGCCACUUCUUGUUGACAAAUCUCUUGUUGGACAAGCUGAAAGAAUGUGCCCCCAGCAGGGUGAUCAACCUGGCCUCGCUCGCCCACAUUGUUGGAAAGAUCGACUUUGAGGAUCUGAACUGGGAGAAGAAGAAGUUCAAUACCAAGGAGGCGUACUGUCAGAGCAAACUCGCCAACGUUCUGUUCACCAGAGAGCUCGCCAAGCGCUUAGAAGGCACAGGGGUCACAGUGAAUGCUGUACACCCAGGAGUCGUUGCCACGGAGCUUGGGAGACACACYGGUCUGCACCAAUCACAGUUCUCCAGCUCUGUGCUCAGUCCAUUUUUCUCCAUGCUGGUGAAGAGUCCAGAGCUGGGGGCCCAGCCUAGCGUCUACCUGGCCGUGGCCAAGGAAAUGGAGGGGGUGACGGGGCGGUACUAUGAUGUGAUGACUGAGAAGGAACCGGCUCCUCUGGCCCUGGAUGAUGAGACAGCUCGCAGGCUGUGGGAGGUCAGCAGCAAGCUGGUGGGUCUGCAGGAGUGAGGACAGCCGGGUCCGUCAAACCUAUCCACAAAACUGGACUGGCAGAUCCAGCACAGACGCUUGUGCAAAGCUCCAAACCAGCCAUGCGUCCUGUGAGGCCUUUGGUCUGCUCUCACCUCUGAACCAUCAUAGAUGAACUUUGACCUGUUUCAGGUUUUUAGAAACAGGUCUCGUGUUCAGGUUUGAGACUCUGAAUGUGGCUGUCCGUCUGCUGUUUUCCCUUUUGUCCCGCAUUGUUUUCUUUUUAUUUCACCAUUUUGCAGUGUGUCGUUUAGGCCAGCAGCAGAACAUCUCAAAUCAUACAUUUUUUAAAUUAUUUGUUAAAAUACAUCAAAUAGGAAAAGAACUCAGGGGGUAAACAAUUAUUUUUUUUCUCAAUAAACUUAUGUAGCUUUGCUAAAAGUUCACAUUAUGAGGUAUGUGAUGUUUCCUUAAUCCAGGAGAUUAAUGUUGACUUCUAGCACCACCUGUCUGUCAAACAUUAAAUGACUCAAUAAUAGCUUUACCAAGGGACAAAGUCACAUUUUACCUGUCAUAUUGUUAAAGAAUAGGCUACAAAUACAUUUUAUAUUAAAUUAAAAUCUAUAGAAGGAAUUAGAUAAUACAAGUUUGUGCUUCUUAAAAGUUUAGAGCAACUCAUUAAAAAUGAGCACUUUUGCAUUGGGUGACUCAGAAAAACAAAUCAAGUUACAAAGCACUCAUCUUCCAUCUUCCAUUCUCGAUGCUCUCAGACAUCCCCAGCUGUAUGUGUUAUUUGAGGGAUCCUUUGCAAAGAGCUUUUUUCCCCCCAACUCCCAAAGCUCAGAUCUAUAUGAGCCACUCUGAUUAGCAUCGACCCUGAAACAAGAAACCCUAAAUCAUUUUAUUCGGUGUUGGUUUACAGGURGAGACAUAAGCUGGUGCCAUUACAGAGGAUGAUUGGAAUUUUAGACAAGCUUUUUCUUUGCUUUUCAGMCUGUCAGACUUUACUCAUGAAUAUGUUGUCUAGCCUUUUGAGUGCUUAUUGUCAGAUCUGAUUUUUGAUGCUUCAGACCUUUAGCACUUUUCCAAACUCCUAAAAAAAUAUUUUCUUGUCUGCCUGCUGUACAAAAUGUUACUUUUUUUACAUAAACAAAAAUGCAUUUUGUUUGUUCGGAACAGUUUAUUUCAAUCAUGUAAAGGGUGUAAGACAAAAAAGCAAAAGCAGAGAAAUUGAAAAAAAGUAUACAACAAUAAAAUGAAUAAGUUAU